UUUGCGUAAUUUCCAAGAAUGUUAAACUAUCUUUCAACCCAGGAUACGUAUAGUAGUUAUAUAAAAAAUUCAACAUCGAAUCACGUACAAAAUGCUUGAUAUUUCCCCAAACAUCAACCAAGUGGGGGUCAACGAAUCAAAAUAUUACAUCAGGUAAAUAUUUAGCGAACAACAAUCAACGCAUAAUGUCAUUGAAGACGUAUCGCGUAUAAAACUCAGAAGUACCACCUCGCGCGCAGUCCAAAAAUGCGUGUUCUGUUGGUACUAGUGGCUCUAGAGCUCUUAAGUCGAUCAGGGGCCGCCCCUGCGGGAUGUGCUUGCAACAACAUGGUGAUCACCCCGUCUGAGCAAUCGUGUCUUCUUGGUCAUUUGCUACAAAUUAUCACGACGCUUGUGAAUAACCAGAACCCGAAUUGCACCAAAGAGCUUAUGAGGAAUCUUACCAGGGCCUGUUCUGAUAAACCUUCAACCACUACGCCGAUAUACGAAUCAGAAGAAGCUACUAAUGAAGCAGAACCCGUAACACUACCAUGCAUCAAAGAACCUGAAUUAAAACCAGAAAUACCUGGAAUAGAAGGAGAACCAGAAAUAAAAUCGAAUGAAGAGCCAGAAGUAGAUGAGGAACUUGAGACAGUUUCAGAGCCAGAAGAAGUGACAGAAUCCUUUCCAGUAAUAGAGCCAGAAAUAAAAUCGAAUGAAGAACCAGAAGUGGAUGAGGAAAUUGAGAAAGUUUCAGAGCCAGAAGAACUGACAGAAUCGUCUCCAGUAACAGAGCCAGAAAUAAAAUCGAAUGAAGAACCAGAAGUGGAUGAGGAAAUUGAAAAAGUUUCAGAGCCAGAAGAACUGACAGAAUCGUCUCCAGUAACAGAGCCAGAAAUAAAAUCGAAUGAAGAGCCAGAAGUAGAUGAGGAGCUUGAGAAAGUUUCAGAGCCAGAAGAAGUGACAGAAUCUUCUCCAGUAACAGAGCCAAAAGUACUAGAAUCUGAGGAAAAAUUAGAAUCAGAAGAGGGGUCAGCUUGUGAUUCUCAAACUGAAGAGACACCUGAGGCAGACUUGGAGGCAGAGGUAGAAACAGAAUCUUCUCCAGUAACAGAGCCUGCGGAAACAGAACCUGAAAAAAAUUUAGAUGUACCUGAAGAAGAGGAACAGCCUCCAGAAGUAGCAACUGAGGCAGAUAUCCUUGAAAAAGAAUUGGAAACAGAAGAAACACCUUUGGAAGGAGAGCUAGCUAUAGAGGCAGCGACAGAACCUGACUUAAGGCCGGAAGAAGCAGCUGAGUUUGAACCCGAAGUCUCAACAGAAUCUGAGGCUACCCCAGAACCGAAAUCUGAAGAAACGUGUACAGAAGUAUCUCCAGACUUAGGUAAAGAAUCAGAGCUAGAACCUACUAUAGAAUCGGAUACAGAAUCUGAAGAAACGUGUACAGAAAUAUCUCCAGAGGUAGGUAAAGAAUCAGAGCUAGAACCUACUCAAGAACUGGAUACAGAAUCUGAUUCCUAUGAAGAAUCAGAACAAACCACUGCACCAGAAUGCGAUUCCGAAUCAAGCUCGGAAAUUGACGAGGAACCUGAACCAAUAACUGAGCCAGAAUCAGAAUCUGAUGACAUAACUGAAUCAGGGUCGGAUGAGGAAUCUGAAGCAAUUACUGAGCCAGAAUCUGAGUCUGACGACCUAGCUGAAUCAAGGUCGGAUGAAGAACCUGAACCAAUCAUUGAGGCAGAGUCUGAUUCUGAUGACCUUCCUGAAUCAUUAUCUUCAGUAACUGAUGAAGCAGAACCAAUAAAUGAAGGAACAUCUGCAGAGCUGCAAAAUGAAUCAGAACCCACUCAAGAUAAAAUAACAGAACCAAUUACUGAGGGGUCAUCUACAGAGCUAGAAAAUGAAUCAGAACUCUCGCAAGAUGAAGAAACAGAACCAAUAACUGAGCGGAUAUCUACAGAACUGGAAAAUGAAUCAGAACCCACGCAAGAUGAAGUAACAAUAAUAGAAACCAAGUCAGACGACUUACCUGAAUCGAGUUUAGAGGCUGAUGAGAAACCAGAAGAGGUUACUGAGGCAGAAUCUAAUAAAAAAGUGAAAGGAGGUGUAUCCGUUUGUGCUGAAAAAAAACAAAAAGCUGCGUUGUUCGAAUUAGAGGAAGAAGCGAAAGAGCUUCUGAAGACAAAGGAUGAGCUCUUAGCUGAGGCUCACAAACUAAUUGAUGAGGCGCAUAAAUUGAUGGAAGUUGCUGAUGAGAUAGAGGCAAAAAUACCGCAACUUGAAAAAUGUCUAACGGAUACUACAAAACCAGCUGAACCAACAGAUUCUGGAGUUGUCGGCUGUGGGGAGCAAACAACAGAAAAAACUUUGGAAGCAGAAGAACCCAAAAUACCAGCAGAAAUAGGUACCGAAGAAUGUGGACCAAACUCUUCAGAACCCGCAGAGGAGCUGACACCAGAAGAACCAGAAACUCCAUCUACUCUAGUACCAAGUGAACCAGAAGAGGAUGAACCUACGCCUGAGGAAGAACCUACGCCAAAAGAAGAACCAAUGCCAGAGGAAGAAGCUACGCUCGAAGAAGAACCUAGGCCAGAGGAAGGAGAAUCUGGUCCAGACUCUUCAGAACUUGUAUCUGAACCAAUACCAUCGCUGUUUCCAUCACUACCUACAGAUGAAGGAGUGCCAGAUGAAGAAGAUACGGUUGCACCUGAAAAUGAAUCAGAAACUCCUGAAUCAGACAUAACAGAAGAGGAACCCCCUGCACCAGAAGAGGAGCCCGAAGAUGAAUCGGCAACUGCAGACUUACCAGUAGAAGAAAAUUCAUCAGAAGUAACAGAAGAGGGACCCGGUGCACCAGAGGAUGAAUCGGUGACUGAAGACUUACCAGAAGAAGGAACUCUCUCAUCAGACAAAUCAGAAGAAGUUACUUCUGCACCAGAGGAGGCGCUCACAGAUGAUGAGGAACCAAUAAUUCCAGAGAAAGCUGAAGAACUAAUAGUUCCAGAGGGGCCUAAAGAAUUGGGGACAGCUGAAUAUGAGGAGAAACAGGAUAUCGCUACAGGAGUUACGGAACCUGAAGAACCAGAUAAAACAGAGGAACCAAAGGAUAUAGAAGAAGAAAAAGAAGAAGCUGUACCGGAAUGCACAACACCAAUAGCUAAUACUUUCACCCCAAAAGAUACAGAGGAGUGUGAAGUGCCUGUAACCGAAUCUUGCUCUGCAGCAGUUCAGGAAACACCUUCAGUUUUUGCGGAAGCAGAGGCAAAUGAAGGACUGAAGGAAGACAUACCAAACAUGGACCUGACACACGAUACGACGGCGGCACCAACCACAACAGCAACUUGCGUAACAAAACCACGCAAGUAUCCACAAACUCUCUUCAUUCCAGUACUAAAAUUCGACGAGACACCUGCAUAUACAGCUGACGAGCUGCUGGAAUACAUUUAUAAUAUGUAUAAAAAUAAACACACGCAUGAUUUGAGGAUCGAUCAUACUCCUCUUAAAUGCAUUACGCACAACGAUCACUAGACGUUCGAAAAAAUUGAUCAAGUUUAAUCAUGGGAGAUGACAGCUGACGUGACUUUGCAGGAUUUGAUAAUCAUUCCCCACACAGAUUAAAAGCUACACUAAUUCCACAUAUUUGCAUGAUACUUUUGAAACUUUGUAUUAGUCCGAUCAGAAUGCCUCUCAUUUUUUGGAAGAGUAGAUAACCAAUUUUCAGGCGAACAGUAUGGAGAUGUUUAAAUACCUCGCAAAAAUUGAGAAUCUGGCGUAGACCCAAUCUUUGCUAAAAAAACAUUACUUUCAUUGCUCACUCUGUAUUAGUGGAUAAAUAAAAUUAAUAUACUUGUCGAACAGUGUACGUAUUCUCAGAGUUAGUAAAAUACCGCAGCUCGAUAUCGAUUUCGGUUCCGAAAACAUCGAGAUUUGAAUUUGGGUAAAAUUUUCCAUGUUGCACAGCAACUGACCACCAUUUUAUUUCGUAGGUAUUUGGCUUUCCCAAUUGUUAUUAUUCUUUCAUAUCUGUGAUAUUAAUCAAAAUGGAGUUACGUGGGUUUUCCUUUUAUUCAAACGACUUUAAAAAGUCUCAGUAGAAAUAUUCAUAGAAUAUUCCUACCGAAGAUAACAAAACCAUUUGAGCAGUUUACUCAAGUUUUCAUUAGACUGCAGUAUUAUAUUAGGAUUUUUUUACCAAAUAUCGUAAUAGUUUAUGUUUGCUUAUUUAUUUUUUACCAAUUAGCUACUAACAAAUCUUAAAAUACAUAUGGGAUCCCAAACUAAAACGUGUUUUCCAACUCAGCUUGUAUCACCUAAGGUGAAUGACACUUUCUUGAUUUCUAAGAUAACAGCUAUAUGUAUACACAUAGUAUCACUAUAUUGGUAAACAUUAAUACGUAAUCCAGUGUGCUUUGUUUAGCUGCAUUUCUUGCAUAAAAAACAAACUUUUCAGGAAUGUGUCCUUCGAAUUUUAGAUAUGGUAUAAGAGGUUGAUAUAUGACGCGUUAUUAUUAUGCAUAAUAAUAAAUAUUAUAGAUUGAG